UUCCAAAGGAGACUCUGUAAAGCAGAGAGCAGCACCGUUCAAUUCUGGCAGAAGAUACGGAACUUAGAAAAUUCGUUUGACGUCACGCGAUCAGGAUCUCACCACGGACCAAUGAUUCCUUGGUCUUUUCGUGAUGGCUGAAUACCCGCGUUCUAAUAAUACAAAACUGCUCUCUCGCGUGACAGGGUGGCGAGGGGAAACGCGGUCGAACAGAUGAAAAGAGACUGAAACGCGCGCGAGGGGCGGCGGGGGCGUUCUCCGCUAGAGAAAAACGAAGCAGCAGAAGAGGGAAAGAAAGUGGCGUCCGACACGGGGGAGAAGAGGCAGAGAAUGAUAUACCGCGGGAGGCUGCGUCCUGAUCUUUCCACGCGUCGUUUAGUUACAUUCUCUGCCGCGAUUACGGUCCUCCAGGGGUUGUCACUGCCUCGUCUUCCACGGCGCACGCCGGCCGAUGAAAGCACCCGGCUCGAAUGUCGCUCGCUGCCAAACGCUGAUCAGUUCUUUGUAAUUUUAGAAUCGACGAUACGUCUUUUAUCAGCUACACUGUACGGAGCUGAUCGAUUUCGCUUACAGUUAAUAAUUACAAGCCAAACCUCUCUGAACUCCAUUCUUUGUAAUUUUAAAAUCCUAUCGUCUGUUAGUCUUCUACGAUUCAUUGUAUUUAGUUUAUCGGUUUCGCUUUCCACCGACGAUUAUAAGAGGCUUGUCGCGCUCGCAUACCAAUCGUGGUCCACCAAGAGAUCGAUCAGAGGGAAGGUUAUUAUAGCGUUAUCGGAACUGUACACAUCAGCCAGGGAGUAACAUUCGCGGAGCAUAGAGAUAAAGAAAAGGAAGCGGUCGCUCGCCAGCACGGUCUCGUAUUACCAGAUUUUCUUAUUCGCUAAUCGCUGAACGGCCGUUGAAUCGCAGAUACCGACCGGACACAAUUAAUCCGCGGUGUAACUCUAGAAGAUUCGAUAUCUGCCUUCGCAGUCCUGUCGCAAAAAUCUUCGGGAGAGUGCACCGACGCGACGUGUUUCCGAACGGGAUAAACUGCAUAAAACUACGCAUGCCGAGGGCAUAGUGGACGCGACAGAAGGACUCCAGCAUGGUCGGUGUGGCCCGGAAUUCAUCUUAGGAGCAACAAGAAGCCGAGGUUUCACUCGUGUUUUCGAAAUCGGCGGUUCGGAGUGCUCCCGGCGAGAAUUAUGGUCGCUAAUCCGGGAAGGCUCGCUGGGAUUCAGUCAACCGGGGCUCUGAUAUAUCGGCCAACGACAACGCUAUCCUCCUAGCUAGGAGUCUCCUUUUUAAAACGAAUCUAAGCGAAUCGUAUUUAUAUUAUACAAGUGCUUGUCCGGGGACUUUAAAGGCUUCGCCGAUGGUUUCCACGGGUCCCGUAUUUGCGUCUAGGUUCACAGGCAGCCGCGAUUUAUCGGCCGAGUAAACCGCAUCACGAUAAGCCUGACACGAAAUAUAGUCUAAUUAUAGACCCAGGAUUAUCAAGCGAAAUGCUGUCCUAAUCGCGUCUAUUCCACGGUGGCCUAAUCUAGGGGCUGAGCUGGCUCUUUGGCGCCUGUGACUUCCUCGCUGAUCCUCCUCGGUUCUGAUAUUAAUUGUCAUUCCAAAGCGAAUACAACCUCCUCGUGGACCUUGGGGAAGGAGCCGACGAUAUUCUCGAAGAGACAGCGAUCGUAGGUCCUGCAAAGACACUUUUGUUAGCGACCAUACGAAGGGGAUGACGGAGUGGUUCGCGAGUCAUUCUAUCCGAGAUAAUCGUGAAUCGUGACCCUGCUUAUUUAUGCUGAAAUCAGGCCGUGGAUGUAAUCGUCGCGUUAAAAUAGAUUUCUAGUAAACAAGGGCACCGCUUGAGACUAAUCUCUAGCUGGCGAGAUAAAGCAAUCGUGGACCGAAAUCAUUGAGAACAUGUCCGUGGGCCCCUAAAGUUCGCAACCGUACAUAUUCGAAAGACCGGAGAGAGAUCUCUCUACCUAUCUUCCGAGACAUGCAACAACCUUAAAAAAUUCUAAAAAUUGACUUCAGCGUGCAUCGCGGUAGAGUGAAAAUAUUUUUGGAAGGCAGAUUUUCUUGACCCCGGUCUCACGAGGUCCCCCCGACUAAUUACGUUGCAGCGGCCCGAUAAACGUGACGAUAAGGGACCGAGAGGCGGGAACUGAGGAGAUUUGCGAUAAAAUGCGUGGCGACGAACCAAGCGUCGACAAAACGGUCGGGCCCCCGUUCCGAUUAUCGCUGUUUCUCGUUAGGUAAUGCUCGCGAUUUCUGUUUUUGGAUCGUUCUCUCCGUUUGCAAAACAUCGCCGGCUAUAGUAAACACGAUAACGCAUUCGCCACGAUAAGGAGCAAACACGAUGCUUCGACAAAUCUGUUACAUCGUCUUCACUCAACGAUAGAACCGGCAAAAUCUAUUCUUUACAAUUACUCAAGUUGUAAAUACAUAUACCUAUGGAGAAAACAGACCAGAGAUAUCGAGCAGCGAAGCUUGUCUAAGCACCCUGUAAAUCUUUGCUGCAUCGAAUAGUUGCAAAAUAAGAUAUUCGAGAAUGCUGUCCCAGUGGAAAAGCGCAAUUGCAUCCGCACUUCCGGUGUCGGCGACGAACGAGGAGAAGAAGACGACGUGAUGGCGACGUUGACGAGAGAGGUCGAGAUACCAGCCGACGAUUGGCUCACAAGGAAGAUACCAAUGAGCUAUCGUCGCUCGGAUGACCCUCUGUGCCCCUUGCUUCGAGUUUCUCUUUUAUCCUCGUACCUUCCUCUCGCCUCCUCCUUGUCAUCUUAUUCCUCGCGUGUUCUAGGGACGCGAUUCGCUUCUUUUUCUUCUUCACGUCCUGAUACGCAGUAUCUUCGCUGCUCCAGUCGUUGCAAACGAGCUUGUUUCUUCAAACAGUUUUACCUACGGUUCAAAAACGAGACGAUUAGUAUCUUCCUUCGUAAUUACACGCACAGAAUUUGAUCCUUUGACCUGCAGACUCCAGCUUUGUUGCAACGUUAACGACGCUCCACACGUUACAUGGAAAUAGUAUACUCUUCUAUGGGGAGGCACGCGUUCUUUCUCUGCUGGCCAGGGAAACAGUUCCUCCAGAAAACCAUACAGCCCGGAGGUUUGCGGUAGCACGAUACAUUAUGCCUGUUCUCAAAUUCGCGUUCGAUAUACAGUGCCUGGAGGAAACUGAAUCGAGUCCCCGGUUUAAUGGUCUUGAGCAGUUUCGUGUCGGAGAUGCAGAAUGGGUGCAUGGUUCCGUCAGCGAAGGACCUGGACAACUCGGUAAGCCUGGCCAGAAGUCUGACGUCUCAUCACCCCUCUCUGAGCCACCAUCACUCCCAUCACAGCCUGCACAGUCCCUCGGGUGUGUCGAUACACUCCUCCGGCUCUGCUCAUCAUCACCUGGACGAGAAAGGUUCCUCCCCUACCGGGGCCUUGCACAGCACCACUAACAGCAACCCCUCGACCCCGUCGGCCCCGUCUACGCCGACCACGGUGGCCAAUGGAUCUGCCACGGGGUUAGAGACCGGGGCUGGAAACGGUAGCAGCAAUUCUGCUAAUAAGAAACCGCCGUACAGCUACGUGGCUCUGAUCACGAUGGCGAUACAACAUAGCGUCGCAAAAAGGGCGACCCUCAGCGAGAUUUACGCGUACAUCACAGGAAGAUUCCCGUACUACCAAAUGGACAAGAAGGGGUGGCAGAACUCUAUUAGGCACAACCUGUCCCUCAACGAAUGCUUCCUCAAGGUACCGCGCGACGGGGCCAGCGGGAGCAAGGGCAACUUCUGGGUCCUAGACCCUAAGUUCGCUGACAUGUUCGAGCACGGUAACUACAGGCGGCGCAGACGCAUGAAGAGACCUUACAAGGAUACUUCUUAUCGCAAACCCUUGUACGGGGAUCCCUACUCCGCCACGCAUGUUCAUCUAGGGCCUAGGGGCUUCUUCGGCCACUCGUCGCCAUCGUAUGCGCCGUCCACCUACACUAGAUACGACACUGGCGCCUGGAGUCUGCAGCAGUCCCAGCUCUCCUACAGCCACUGUCAGUCGCUGCAGCCUCAGUUGCAGCCGAUUCAGUCGAUGCAGAUACCAACCAUAAACGGCUACGGUCAAUUGGGCACCUCUCUAACGUUUCAAGGCAAUUACCUGGAUGUUCCAGGUGCAACAGCGAGUUCACCGGGUUCAAUGGGCAACGGCUCUUUCGGCAGCAGCUUCACCACCUGUGCCAGGAGACACGAAGCUGCCAUGUCCACGGAGACCAUGUCUGCCCGGUGUUAUUGGCCUGAAAUGGUGAACGUCAAGGAAGAACCUGGUAGCGUAGCAGUGUCCAGCACAGGUGUGACCGGUGUUGGAGUACCAUCCGCUAUGAUGGGAUCCAGCCCAACAACCGGGGUCUCCACGACAAGCUUCGCUCCCAUGGAGUUCCAAUCGCGGUCAAAGUGCUUCAUGUGAACAGAUUACAGCUCAGAGUCCUGUCAAGGUCGCGAGGACUCGAUCCAUGGCUAACAGUAAGCGGUGGACUCUAAACGGGGAGACAGCCUCUGGAAAAAUAGAGAGAAGAAAAUUUGUAGAUCCGUUUAAAGUUUGCCGACGAUCCUUCAACCGAUGCUGAAGAGAUCAAAAUGUGACGCGGUCCCUGCCACUAAGUAGACCUCUCUGUCUUCAGUGUUUCCGACUGCUACACAGUAUUCGAUAUUUAAUGGACAAUGUUCGUUCGUUCUGCGAGAACUAGCUAUACGUUAAUUGUUAAUGACUAUAAUCUAAACGCGGUUAAGAGGCAGCAACAUUUCUACAUAUACGCAUAUCGAGUAGAAGAAGCGAACACCGAUUGGUAGACUGCGCAGGUCUUUGUGCGUUCAUGGCAUUUGUUAAUUUAUAAUCCAUUGCAGGCGUUUUUAAUCCGAUUUCUAUUACUCCGCAAUCCUCUCUCGAAAUUUUCCUUUGCACGAAGCUCCGCGCGCUGUCUAUUUAUCAGCGUGUCUCUUAAAAUACUAUACUACAGAAGUCCUCGAGAACUCGAUGUACAUAAUCUAUCCAACAGUUUCCUGAGUGUAUACGCGAUACGAGUUCUAUUUCUAAGAUGACUGCCUCUAUCCCCGAUUCCUUCAGAUUGUAAGAGCCUGUGCAAUAAUCCGGCAGCUAACGAUCCUGUAAUUACAACAGAAUAAGGAAAUAAAUCGGAAUUAUUUAUCGUCUAUUGUAAAA